AUGACGGCCAAGGAGAGAGGCAUCCUGGAGGAGGACAACGAGAAGGAGGAGAUGGACCAGGAGCGGUCCCAGGAGGACGAGGGGGAAGAGAGGAAGCUGAGGGAGGAAGAAGGGGAAGGUCUGGAGAAGAGGAGGAAGGAGCAGGAAUUGCUGACGGAGGAGCAGGAGCUGGAGGAGCUGAAGGCCCAGGUUCUGCAGCUGCUGCUGGARCUGGACGAGGCCAGGGAGACGUCCAACAAGCACCAGGAAAGUUUCCAUGAGUUGCAAGGUCUGCUGGAGGAUGAGCGAUUGGCCAGCGCCCAUCAGGCCGAGGCCUUCACUCGACAGAUCCAGAAUCUACAAGGUAUCGCCAAAACACAAACCUCAGCAGAUAGAAUCCUUUAGUUUGUCAUGUCACUUUUUCUGGAGUAAGUUUUUAAACUGAGAAGGUUCUUAUGCUGCACUCUACCUUAUACAGGCUGUACUGUAUGUCGCUUUCUCAAUUCAACUGAACUGAAUAGCCUGAAUCAUCGGAGCAGCUGUACAUAAGCCUGUCGCAUAAAGUAAUUAACCAAUUAAUUGCAAUGUG